UCAGGGGGGUCCCCAGGGGGUCCCUAUGGUUCUAUAGGGCCCGGGCCCCCCCUAUAGGGCCCCCACCCACUGACCCCGUCCCUGCAGCAUGCGGGGGCCGUGCAGCCUGGGGCCCUGCAGCUGCCCCCGGCCCUGGUGCGGGCAGCGAAGAUCCUGCUGCAGGAGGGAGGCUGGAGCCGGGCGCAGGCGGAGGUGCUGAGGCUGCGGCUGUGGGGGCGGCGCCCCCCCGGGGAUUCGGGAGCGAGGAAGCGGAGCCGGAGCCCGGAACCCGAAGUGAGGGACACGGCGGAGGCGGCGCGGAGCUACCUGGCGGCUCGCCUGGCGCGGGACUACGCGGCCGUGGGGCGGGCGCUCAGCGAGAUCCGGGUGCGCGCCCCCGACUUCGCCCCCAGGACCCUGCUGGACUUCGGCUCCGGGCUGGGCACCGCAUGCUGGGUGGCACAGGGCAUGUGGGGCCGCAGUCUGCAGCAGUUCGUGUGCGUGGAGCCCAGCGGAGCCAUGAGGGAGCUGGCCGAGCGCCUGCGCCACGGGGGCGGAGCCACGCCAGGCCCCGCCCACUUUGGCCCCGUGUUCCUCCGCCCCCUGCUCCCACCCGGCCCCCAGGCCCGCUGGGAGCUCGUGAUUGGUCGGCGCGCCCUGGAGAGGCUGCGGGGGCGGGGCCAGCGGGCCCGGGCCCUGCGGGGGCUGUGGGGGAGGACGGGGGGCGUCCUGGUGCUGCUGGAGAAUGGGACCCGCGCCGGGCACCAGGCGCUGAUGGAGGCACGGGAGGAGCUGCUGCAGGGACCCGACGCUGACGCUGUGGAGAUCUUCGCCCCGUGUCCCCACCGCCUGCCCUGUCCCCGGCUGAGCCAGGGCCGGGCCUGCGCCUUCGCCCAGAGCUUCUGGCCCCUGCCGCUGUCGGGGAACCCCUCCGCCCCCGAGCGGGAGCUGGUGUCCUUUCUGGUGGUGCGGAGGCUUGGGAGCUCGAUGACGUCAUCGCUGGACCCUGUGACGUCAUCGCCGGACCCUGUGACGUCAUCACCAGACCCAAUGACGUCACCGCCGGCGGGCUGGGCCCGGGUGACCGCCCCCGUCCGCCCCCGCCCCCGCCAUGUCUCGCUGUCCCUCUGCUGCCCGGACGGGGCCCAGCGGCGCCUGGCGGUGACGGCGGUGCGGCACGGCCGGUCCCUCUACCGCCAGGCCCGCACCAGCCGCUGGGGCGACCUCCUGCCCUUCCCCGGAGAGGGGGUGGCAGCCAAUGGGAGGGGAGAAGGGCGGUGACGACAUUCUGUGCUACUACAACGAGCGCGGCGAGCGCGUCUACACCCUCAAGAAGCUGUCCCCCGCCGGCACCCCGACGUUCUCGGCGCACCCUGCCCGCUUCUCCCCCGACGACCGCUUCUCCCGGCACCGCCUGGUCCUCAAGCGCCGC